AUGACCAUGAAGUCCCUCCUACACUCUCUCGUCAAAGCGUUAAAGUCCCCCGGGGCCAGACGCGAAAUCCACGCCGCCGCCCAAACAGCAACAACAGCACACACCGAGCCCCUCGGAUACACCAUUUCACAAAAGGAACGCCGACUCGACCGCUGGCUCGACUGGACCGUCUCGGUUGCCGGAUCCCCGCUGGUCUUCACGCUGAUCUGUGGGUUGCUCCUCGUCUGGGCGUUGCUGGGGAUCCGCUUCCACGCCGACGCGACCUGGCAGGUGCUCAUCUCCGACGUGCAGGCGAUCGUGAGCUACAUCUUUGAUUCCUUCCUGAUGCGCCAGCAGUUGAACGGAUAUGAACAGCGGGUACGGAUUGCAGUCGAGCUGCAGUCGCGAGCGGCGACUCACAAACGGAUACUGGAGAGUCUUGCCGUGAGAGGAGACGAGAAAGAAAAGUCUCAAGACAUUCAGAAUGUUUGUAUUUCGACAGAUGCUUCCUUCGAUGAUGAGCUGCCUGCCGAAACGUUCUUCGGGGCGUUGUCGACCCUCCUCGCCAAGGUCCUCGGGCAUGCCGUCUCCCUCGCGCUCUACUGGCUUGGGAUUCUUGUCUGGCUCGUCUUCGGCCAUCACUGUUCCUGGAGCAACGCGUGGCAGCUGUACAUCAACUCUGCCACGUCGGCCUUGAUGCUGUUUGUGUUUUCCUUCCUGGCGAAUAUCCAUGAACGACACGCGGAAUAUGAAGCCCGAGCGCUGGAUGCAAUCUACCGACUGGACUCGACCCUCGAAUGCACUCUAAGGACAUAUGACAACAAUCACAGCAGUGAUAAGGAAAAACACAACCAAAUACUCCCCAAUCCCGUCAUGACCAGCCAUCCACCAAAAGUCAAUAUCCUGCAACGGGCGAUAAACUACUACGCCGAAGUGGUGGGCACCCUGACGGGCAUACUCCUGCUGGUCGUCAUGAUCGUGGUGUGGAUCAUCAUCGGGCCUGCCAUGUCUUUCGAUUCCAACUGGUGGCUCAUAAUCGGCACUUACGCCGGGCUCGUCGGCAUGCACGACGGGUUCGUCCUGAGGAACGUGCAGGAGGUGAUGCACCGGCAUGAAGAGAGCGAAUAUUCCCUUGUCAAAGCCCAGGAUCAACACCUCUUACAGCUUGUUGAACGAUCUCGGACAGCCUUGACGACCUCUAGUAUUGUUACCAGUACUACUACUGGUAGUAAUGCAGGUAAUAGACCCGGUAGUCCUGCUAUCUCUCUGGAUGUGAUUUGCGCGCAUGAAAUCACCGUGUUAGCCGGCUUAUUCCUGAUCAUCGGUCUCCUGGUCGGUGCAGGGGUUAUGCACUGGAACCUCACGGGACAGUUGCUCUGCAAUGUACCCCCGAGCAUCAUCGAGACCUUCUUCAUGAUCCUCUUGAUUUCAGCGCAUAGCCACGCCGACGAGAAGAGGAGGGCGGAUCUACGGACUAUCUAUCGGACGAGACUGCAUUUGUUGGGUCAAAGUGACUAG